AUGACGUUCGGUAGCGUUGCUGCCACCACCGCUCUGGACUGGACUGGAGCGGAUAGGAUGGUGGAUGCAGAUGGGAAGGUGGAUGCAGAUGGGAAGGUGGAUGCAGAUGGGAAGGUGGAUGCAGAUGGGAAGGUGGAUGCAGAUGGGAAGGUGGAUGCAGAUGGGAAGGUGGAUGCAGAUGGGAAGGUGGAUGCAGAUGGGAAGGUGGAUGCAGAUGGGAAGGUGGAUGCAGAUGGGAAGGUGGAUGCAGAUGGGAAGGUGGAUGCAGAUGGGAAGGUGGAUGCAGAUGGGAAGGUGGAUGCAGAUGGGAAGGUGGAUGCAGAUGGGAAGGUGGAUGCAGAUGGGAAGGUGGAUGCAGAUGGGAAGGUGGAUGCAGAUGGGAAGGUGGAUGCAGAUGGGAAGGUGGAUGCAGAUGGGAAGGUGGAUGCAGAUGGGAAGGUGGAUGCAGAUGGGAAGGUGGAUGCAGAUGGGAAGGUGGAUGCAGAUGGGAAGGUGGAUGCAGAUGGGAAGGUGGAUGCAGAUGGGAAGGUGGAUGCAGAUGGGAAGGUGGAUGCAGAUGGGAAGGUGGAUGCAGAUGGGAAGGUGGAUGCAGAUGGGAAGGUGGAUGCAGAUGGGAGGGAGGGAGAGUUGGGAUGGGAACCGAAGACGAUGAGCAGCGUUGCUGCCACCACCACACCGGACUAA